UGUACUGCGGCGGUAUAGAGUUUAAUCGUUUCAUUUCCGUCUCGGGUUUCCCCAGGAGAAAGUGGCCUACAACUGUCACUAUAUAAACAGUGACAGGGGAAGGGCAACCAUGGCACAUUGAGAACAGACUCCUGCAGCCACCUGGUCUUUUCGUUUAAAAAACACAGUUGGAGGAUGACACGGAUGUUAGUUCUUUGCAUCUGCGGUUGCCUGAGUUUUGUAUGGCUGUCGUCAGCAAAGAGAUGUUUCAAUCAGAGGGGUGUGGAUCGGCGGGCUUCAAGGUUCAUCAUGAGCAUCCACUGCUUUAGGACGGCUGUGUCUGACAGCAUCCACCUGCAACGGCAAUGGGACAGACAGAGCUGCCCCAGCUUCCAACUCCACACUGGGUCUCUGUCAUCGGUGCAAUUCAACAACCGCUCUCUCUCCCCCUGGCGGUACAGAAUCGAUGAGAGAGAGGACAGGAUUCCUGCUAAAAUCCUGGUGGCUGAGUGUCUGUAUGAGGGCUGCAUCGUCAACAAGCACGAGGACAAGACAUAUAACUCUGUCCCCGUUCUGGCCACUAUCACCGUGCUCCAGAAGACUGUGUGCCCUGGCAACCCUCGACACUACCUGGUGACAGUCGACUCGGUCACCAUCCCUGUGGCAUGCACAUGUGUUGUACCCAGACAGAUGAUUUAAUCUCUUGGAUUAGGUUAAGUGUUACGCACGUGUCCAAAAUGGCACCCUAUUCCCUAUGUAGUGCACUACGAUACAUCCCUGUCCAAAAUGGCACCCUAUUCCCUAUGUAGUGCACUAUGAUACGCACAUGUCCAAAAUGGCACCCUAUUCCCUAUGUAGUGCACUACGAUACAUCCCUGUCCAAAAUGGCACCCUAUUCCCUAUGUAGUGCACUAUGAUACGCACAUGUCCAAAAUGGCACCCUAUUCCCUAUGUAGUGCACUACGUUUGACCAGAGCCCUAUGGGCCACAAUUUGUGUCUGUGCUUAAUACACACAGACACAACCUUGGAUUAGAUUCAUUCUUAUAGAGAUGAUUAUAGAAUAAAUAACCAUUUAAGUAGUGAGAUUUCUCACCAAAAAUAAAAAAGAAGUUGUGUUUGUUUUAAAACUCACCUUAGAUUCCUGUUGAGAUAUUUUCGUCUUUAAAAAAAAAACAAAUGUUUUUUUUACCUUUAUUUUACUAGGCAAGUCAGUUAAGAACAAAUUCUUAUUUUCAGUGACGGCCUAGGAACAGUGGGUUAACUGCCUUAUUCAGGGAGCAGAACGACAGAUUUGUACCUUGUCAGCUCGGGGGUUUGAACUUGCAACCUUCUGGUUACUAGUCCAACACUCUAACCACUAGGCCACCCUGCCGACUAUGAAUGUGAAUGUGAAUUGGACAGAUCAUUCAAGCAAUAUUGGUUGGAAUAUGGUUGUAAAAUGGUUUGGUUGGAAUAUGGCUGUAAAAUGUCUUAUGCCGGGGGGGUUUUCUAGAACCUGGACUUUGGUAAAUUGAUGAGGUAGAAAAUGUCUGUUCCUGCUGUAUACAGAUAGUAGAACUGCUGGGGUUUCCCACUGGUGUGUAUAACUAAUAUGUUGUCUUUGUGUAUUAGUCAAUGACCUAUUGAUCAAUGGUCUUAGGGACAUAGGAAAUUCAACUCCUCGGUUAUGCUGUUGUGUCCACUAGAUAUCUCAGUGAGACGAUAACGUGACAUGAUGUUCGCUUUCACUUGUUGAUAUAAUCCCCUUCUGGGAACUUCAGUGGUUCAAUCUGCAGUGUUGUAUGUGUUAUAAAAUCAAUCUGCAGUCCUCUCCCAGUGUUGUCCGUCUUAUCAAAUCAAUCUGCAGUCCUC